AUGGCUACUCGCUACUUCCUGGGUGGAACCAUGAAGCAGAUUUGCUUCUGCGCCUCCUCCUCCUUCAUGAGCCAGGACUGGAGCAAGAACGACGAGAAACUCCUGCAGGCGGUGGAAUACAAUGACGCAGAACGGGUCUCCUCGCUCCUCCUCCGGAAGGGCCUCGUCCCCACCAAACUGGACUCGGAGGGCAAAUCUGCGUUCCAUCUGGCCGCCAUGAGAGGAAACGUGGCUUGCCUAGAGGUGAUGUUGGCCCAUGGAGCGGAUGCCAUGACCACCGACGGAUCAGGUUACGCUGCACUGCAUCUCUCGGCUAAACACGGACACCCACAGUGCAUAAGCAAACUGUUGCAGGCUUCCUGCCCUGUUGAUGUGGCAGACAGCCACGGACGGACAGCCCUCCAUCACGCAGCGAUCAAUGGAUGUAUCUCUUGUUUGGAAAUCCUUUGCGAUUUUAAGGCUCCCUUGAACACCAAGGAUCAGGAUGGGGCAACUCCUAUGAUGCUUGCAGCCAAGAUGAGCCAUUCUGAGCUUUGCCGUUACCUGCUACACCGUGGAGCCGCUGUCAACGCCAGGGACCAGCGGGGCCGAACAGCCCUGAUGGUGGCCUGCGAAAACGGCAGCGUGGAAACGGUGGAGGUUCUCAUCCACGGCGGGGCACGGGUUGGCCUCGUCGACGCCACGGGCCACGACGCAGCCCACUACGGGGCGGCCACCGGCAACGCCCUCAUCCAACACUACCUGCAGGACGCUGCCCAGCGGCACUCGUGGGCCAGCGAGGAAUCGGUGGAUCUAUCCUCGCAGGCGUCCUCCCCACGUCAGUCUCUGUCUAAGGGGAAGAACAACAGCCCAAGGAAAAGGAAGGCCCCAGCCCCACCACCUCCAAGUGCCCCCAAUCAGCACGUCUCUCACCCGCUGGAACAUGGCGCCUCUUCGGCAGAACGGAGCAACCGGGUCAUCGUGGCCAAGCCGGCUAGGACCCACCCGCACCCCAUUGCAGCUGACGUGAACGACCGGGACGCCUAUGAAGAAAUUGUGCGACUCCGUCAAGAGAGGGCACAGUUCCUGCAGAAGAUCCGGAGUCUGGAACAGCAGCAUGAGAAGCAGAAGCAAGAGGUGAGGGGAUUGGGGGAUGGCUCCCUGCAUAUUCUGGAAAAACAGGUAGAAGACCUUAAGAAGCAGCUUGUGGAGAAAGCGGUCGAGAAAGAGAACAUUGGAAAGGAGCUGGAGGUGUUACGGAGCCGCCUGUCGUCCAUCGAGAAUGAGAAAGAAAACACCAGCUACGACAUCGAAACGCUGCAAGAUGAAGAGGGGGACCUACUGGAAUUUCCAGGGGCUGAACUUCUGCUCUCCAAAAAGAGCCUGAGCGUCUCUACGGAGGAGCUCCUAGCCAGCCUGCAAGACCAAGUACAGUCUCUGACCCAGAAGAACAAAGAACUGAUGGAGAAGGUACAGGUCCUGGAGAAUUACGAGAAGGACGAGAGCGACGCCGAUGCUUCCGGGGACUUCAUCCCCGUCAUCUUGUACGACUCGCUCAGGUCGGAGUUCGAUCGGCUGAAGGAGCAGCACGCGGAAGCCCAGGAAGUCCUGAAGGCUCUCGAAGGCGCCGGCGCCGACGAGACCUCUUGCAAACUCAUCCCGGCCGAGGCUUACGAGCAGCUGAAGGCUGACUACGAGAAGCAAAUCGGAGCCCUGAAAGACGCGCUGGAGAAGACCAGCUCCCGAGCCGAUGAGCGUGGCAGAGUCCAAGAGGCGGAGGGCAAUUCUGGUUUGGGAAUGGAAGAAAAGAGUGUCGGGGACAAGGAGGUCAGGCGGGGCGAGGCGGAAGAGCUGGCUGGGCAGCUAAGUGCGACCCAGGAGAAAUACCAGGAGGCCCUGGCUGAGGUGAGGCUCCUUCAAGAGCAGAUUGAGCUGGGCAUCUUCUCCAUGGGGGACAAGGAGGCCGCGGAGAGCUCCAGAAGCGAACUCGAGACGGUGAAAGCGGCCCUGCACCAGGCUCAUGAGCACCUCAAGGAGCGAGAUCGGAAGGUGAAGGAUUUGGAGGGGCGGCUCGGGGCCUGGGAGGAGAUGAAGGCCUCCCUCGGCGUCUCUUUGGAGGAGAAGGAGGCCCUGCUGGUGAGGUGCGCCUCCGCGGAGGCCGAGGUGAGGGAACUGAGCGGAUCCCUGGAGGAGAAAAGCCGUGAGAUGGAGAAGGCCGAGAGAAGCGCUUCGGAGAGCCAGCGCCUCCAGGAGGAAGCCAGCGGCUUGCGGAAGCAGCUGGAGGCCGUGACGGGGCAGCGCGAAGAAGCAAGGGCCCAAGCGGAAGGGCUCCGAGAAGGGCGUAAGGAACUGGAGGCGGAGCUGCGCGCCGUGCGGGAGAAGCUGGCCUCCCAGUACGUCUCCAGGCUGGAGCACGACGGCGUGGUGGGGAAGCUGAGGGCUUCCCUUUCGGACGCGGAAAAGGGGCUCGCGGAACUGCAAGCCGAGCACGGCUCGGUCCAAAAGGAGCUGGCGGACCUGCGGGAGGGGGUGGAGAGCUACAGGCGGGACUCGGUGCCGUUGGCGGAGCACAACCGGGCCAAGGAGAUCCUCGAGGGGACCCUGUGGGAACUGAAGGCCAAGAGCAAGUUGCUGGAGCAGGAGCUCAAGGCCAAAGCCCAGGAGGCGUCGGGCCUCCAGGCGGAGCUGGAGGAGGUCCACCGGGGCGCGGUGUCCAAGGAGGCGCACGAGCAGUUGCGGGCGAGCCUGCAGGGUGAAGUGGACGCCCUGAGUGCGAAGCUGAGCGAGCUGGGGCGCAAGCACGAGCGCACCUGCACGGAGGUCUUCCAGGUGCAGCGCGAGGCCCUCUUCAUGAAGAGCGAGAGGCACGCGGCCGAGGCCCAGCUGGCGGCGGCGGAGAAGCAGCUGCAGAGCCUGCGGGCCGAGUCGGAGCGGGUCCGGGAGCUGCACAGCCACAUCGAGGACUCGGCCAAGCUGGUCAAGGAGAAGGACAAGAAGAUCACGGAGCUCUCGAAAGAAGUCUUCAAGUUGAAAGAAGCUCUGAACGAUCUCUCGGAGCUCUCCGGCGAGGCCUCCCCGAAAGCGUCGUCCCCGCAGAAAGCAGAGACCCGUCAGGAAGUCGUCACUCUCCAGGGCAAAAUCCAAGACUUGGAGCAGCAGUUGGUCGAGGCUGAACGGCGGCACGGCAAUAUUGUUUCACUGUACAGGGGACACCUCCUCUAUGCUAUCCAGGGCCACAUGGACGAGGACAUCCAAAAGAUCCUUUCCCAGAUUCUGAAGAUGCAAAGACUCCAGGAACAAGGAAGAUGA